CCCACAACUACGCAUCUUCUGCUUCUUCUUUACUACUCUUUAAACCAACAAAUACAUAUAUCUUCUUAUUCUUUUUUUUUCUUUCCUUGUGUACAAAUAUAAUUAUCGGAUUCCUCAUUCAUCAUGCCUGCAAUCAUUGGGGUUGCAUGGGUCAUUUACGGGGCUGUUUCAGCGGCCUUGUUUGUAUUUAGUAUAUUUUUCACUCGCUAUUACCAAAGCAGACACGAAUCAGAGCUGCUGGCAACCUUGGUGACUAUUGUUGCUCUUGGUUUGAUCUUUUCGACUCUUGCACUCCUGCCUGUCGACAUCUUCUUGGUAUCCUCGACUGUCAACAACCAAACAGGUCUCAAGUAUGACUGGGCAACACCUGAGAUGAUCAGCAGGAUUACAAUGACAGUUCAACUGGUCUAUUACAGCUGUUUUAGUCUGGUUGGCUUGGUGUGCUUUUUUGUUAUUCCAUUUGCAUACUUUUACUACGAGGAGGAUGAAGAGGAUGAGACGAUCCAAGAGAGAAUUAUGGGCGCAUUAAAGUACACAUCAUUCUUUGUCGUCAUUUCUGUCCUGCUGUUUCUUUUCGGACUGUUUCUCAAGCCAACUCAAGAAACCCCUCACAUUGAUCUGGACUGGUUCAGGAAACUAUUAGCAGAAAGCAAUGGAGAAAAGGCCAUUGCAUUUGUGAUUGCUUGUCUGAUUCUAUUGGGGAUGGUUGUAUUUAUAUUCUACACAGCUCCUGGACUAUCACUUUUACCACUAACACUAAUCAAGGGAAGAAGAAGAAUUGAAACUGAGAAUGAGGAUGUGGACAAUCGACUGAUUGUGAUUCGUGAACGUGUGCGUGCUCUAAAAGCGAAAUACUUUGGAUCGACAAGAAAAAUCCCAGCUCAUGAACAGCGUGAGAUUGAGAACCUUGCUGAUGAAGAGAGUAUCCUAACACGUCGUCUUCGCAGUAUACAGGAAGAUAGGGAUAGCAAAUGGCAUAUGCUUGUCAAGAUGAUGCGUCCAAUUGAGAUUAUGAUUGGAUUUAUCCUGUUGGGCAUGUCAUUGGUGAUUGUUAUCUCGAUCUUUUUGACAAUUGUGGACAAGAUAUCCAAUUCGGUGUGUGGUAGCAAGUGUGGUUACAUUAUCAACCAUCCCCAGCUAUUCAAUCCCGUCAACUAUAUUUUUGUGGCUCUAGCCAAGAUGUUCCCACUCGACUAUCUGUUUAUGGUAUCUUUGAUAUUAUAUUUCUUCUUGGCAACCAUGUCUGGGGUGAUCAACAUUGGACUUCGAUUCUUGUGGGUUACACUCUUCAAGAUCCAGAAGGGAGCAACUGCACCUCAGGGGCUAUUGUUUUCUGCAGUCCUGCUACUACUCAGCUUACUUGCCUUGAAUUACACAAUUACCACUGUUGUGGCACCAGAAUAUGCACACUUUGGAAGCCAGGUUUAUUGUAACCACACGGUUGCAGGGUUGCGGGAUUGUAGUGACCGACUUGACUUGAUUUUGGCAUGCGACAUAACUGGACCUACUGAUAUCUGUACACCCACCAUUUCGUCUACUCUUGUGGAUCGAAUUAUCAUCAACACACCCUUUUUGGGCAUGAUAUUCUAUUAUUCACAGUGGGCAUUUCUGAUUGUGUUUGGGUUGGGCUUCAUUGUUGCUUUCUUCCGUCGGCCGAGAAACAAUGUGGAUUCAGAGACAGUUGAGCAGAUUGAUGCGGACGUCGAGCGAUCGUUACUUAACCGAAGACAGCCAACCUACACUUCCAUUCAUUCCAAUCUUAAUCCCAGUACUGGAUCGAAUACUACCAAUUCUACCGGCACUACUUAGUCACCAACAGAUAAAAAUAAUAAAAAUAAAAAAUAAAACGGCAAAGCAUGCAUUGAUUUGAACUAAAUUAAGCUGAUAAGAUUUCAUUUGAUCGUAUUGAUCUAUUGGUAGUAAUAUAUGUAUCCAUAUAAAAUAAAGCCAACUAUCUUGACC